CUCGCAAUAAGAUCCAUACUAUUCUCCGCCGCUAGGUAAUUCCCAAUCCCACAUCUGAUUCGUCUUCCAUAUCCGGAGGCUGGACGACACGAUCGCCGACACCGUUACAAUUCGCAUCUCGAAUAAAUUGCCUGCGCAUUUUUCGCCUUCUAUCACUCCGCUCGCGCAAGCCGAGCGACAGCAACGGAGAAUAUCUCGGCCCGUAUCCCACCCACGAUACUGUCCAGAUACGAUGUUCUAAAUCUUCUGUACGUUAACUCGGUCAGAAGAACCCUAGAAAUCUCCACGACAAACCGCGUCUUUCUGUGCGUUUUUCUUCUUUUCGAUUUCGUUUUCGUUUUUUUUAUUCUUUCCGAGGAUCUCCUUUGGUGCGCAUCUUUCGAUUUUGAAGGAUUCUUCCGCCUCUGUUCCUCAGUUGGAAGUGACAUUUUACUUUCGAGUAUAGAGUUCUUCCUUCUUUUUUUUUACGCUACAGGGGUAGGCUAUCACCUUCCUUCUGUUAGAAGAUCUAUUUUUGGUCCUUUGUGAUUCCAGUGAACAGUUUGAUUCCGCCUCCUUUCUUUUUGUCUUUUCUUCGUUUUAAGCCGGUGAUCGGUGUGCGAGAUACCUUUUUGGGGUUUGGAUUUUGCUGUUGCUCUGAAGUUGAGACCAUGGAGGUAGGGCGGGAGGAGGAUAAGAGCAUGAUGCCUCUGUUCCCGAGGCUUCAUUUGAAUAAUGCUGAUAAACGUGGUCCGAGGGCACCUCCCAGGAACAAGAUGGUGCUCUAUGAGCGGCACAAUGUUGCUUCCCGAAGGUUGGGUCAGCCGUCUUCUGCUAUGCCACUGCCUCAUCACAAUGCUCCGUUGCCAAUCCCUUCUAAUUCUUCUAGGCAGGUAGGAUUACACGAGAGAGAUUUUCUUUCUCUUUUUCGCAUGCCUCUUUCAACACCUGGUCUUCCAUCAGAGAUAGUUGACUCUCGAUCAUCUAGCAUGAUAAAUCACCACUCAAGGAAAGGAGAUAGACCAUUAAAGGGUUUGAAUUAUGGGAAUUCAAGUAUAAUGGACUUGCUACAACAACAAAGUUUCAACUGUUCUUAUGAAAAAAAGCUGAAUCAAGCAAGCUAUUUUAGAGCUCCUACAUUUAUUCGAAAUGGGGAUCAUUCACAGUGGAGACUCGAACCAAUUACUUUAUACAACAGCAAUUCAGAUGAGAGUGUAAAGGAAAAUAGAUCCUUGGGAAUUGGAGAUUUAGAUAGAAAUAAUGAGACUUCUCAGGUCUCAGCAGAAGAUGCCAAAUAUGGUCUGGAGAUAGGUCCUGAUAAGCUUCCUUGUCUAAUUGGUGAGCAGCAAUUCUGGAAAAUCCAAAGAGUUAUUAUCAAUCAACAGAGGGUUUUUGCAUUUCAAGUGGCUGAACUGCAUAGACUGACAAAGGUACAGAAGUGGUUUGCUGGAUCAGCUCAUCUGCUUCUUGAAGAAAAUCCAUGUUUGAGGAAAUCUUCAGUAAAAGCACCCUUGAAGAUUCCAUUGCUUGACAUUGCUCAACAGAAUGCAAUGAAACAGAAAGAUGAUCAACGAAAACCAUACAGCAAGACUGAGAGUCAUCAAAAUCCUUGGUAUUUCCAUCCUCAGCCGAAUCGGUGGCUAGUUCCUGUUGUGUCGCCUUCCGAGGGGCUUGUUUACAAGCUUUGCACACCACCAGGUGGCAUCUUUCCUUCAGUUUAUGGAUGUUGUACUAAUGUAGGUGUUCCUCCAGUAGCAAGAGGUUUUGUAAAUACCACAUUUAGUGUUCCAGCAGUUGCAAGCAUCAAAAGCUACACUCAGAGCUCAUGCAACACGUCCCUUUCAAGAAGUGGCGUGAUCACAAGUUGUUCCAAGGAGUUGCAAGCAUCUAAAGUCACCGAGCUACAAGGUAGUUCAGCAAGCAAUCCACAUAAAGAAACGCUAAUUGAAGCGCAACAAACAAUGACCUUAUUUCCAGUGGCUGCAUUUGAAGGACCUCUUUCUUGUUCAUCAGAAUCAAGUGGUCAUGAGUGUCCAACUCGCCCCAUAAAGCCUGUGCCUUACAAAGCCAGCUCUGUUUUGGACGCGGCUGCUAGCAUUUUCCAAGCUACACAAGCCAAAAGGCAAAAACACAACUUGUGAGAGAUUUACUUUUGAUUAUUGAUCCAGAGAAAAAUUUGUGGUGUUAGCAACAUGUACAUGUGCGAUAAAAAUACUUGCAUUCUCAACAUUUUAGGUUGAGGCAGUGCAAUAGUCCAUUAUGUUUUUUGCAAUCUCAGCGAAGAGAAAAUGGAAUUCCUUAUUUUUCGGGGGACAGACCUGUUGCCCCAAGUUAUUUUGUUCAAUAUUUUUUUUAACUCAUCCCAUUCCAUCCACUGGGUUCAUAAUUUA